AUGGAGAUCAGAUCUGAAUUCCAUUCCAAGAUCACUGGUGACCGAAAAAGUGAUUCCAACUCGAACACAAGCACUACAAUGCCCGAAGUUGAUGGGGCGAACCCCACUUCGAACUCUUCCUCCAAAAUACCCAAACCUGGACCAGCAUCAGCCAAUGAACCAGCACCAGUCGCGGUGCCUGAAAGAAACUCCGCCACCCUGAUCCCAAAUACUGAGGACGAAUCUCAACUCCUCACUACACGCGCACAUGGAUCUGAAAUCACCGGUGGUGCCGGCGCUAACACUGAGGAUCAUAAACUUCCAUUUAUCCCGGAAGAUUUAAAUGAUGAUAGUAGACCUGUCCCCUCUGUGCGUAAACGAUUGGACAGCAGGACACAACAGGACACCGCGUCUUUACCUACGAAUCUUCAAGCGGUGAGCGAAAAGGGGUUCCCAAAUCAUCCACCUGCUCGCGACUCUCCUAGAACUCUUGCCUCACAGAGCAAUACUACAUCAAGCGCAAUGAAGAGGAAUACAUUUCCGUCUAGUCUCGAUGAUGAGCUACAAAGGACGAACGAGUCUCCGCAUUCCUCUCCUACUCAUUCUCCUCGUCGAACUUCUCACUUGCCCAUGAAUUUUUCAAGAGCAGGACAUCUAGAAAGACAGAGCAGGGAGUUUAGGAGCCAAGAAACCUCGAAAGAUUUUAUUGCCUGCGAUGGGAGCCAUAAUACCGCACGUUCAAGAGACAAUACCACGGCUGAUAUUGUCAAAGGAAGCAAAGAUAGUGAGCAGAAGACCUGGAUUCAGCACUCGGUCAAGUCGCAAGAUGAGACCAGCAAUCAGCAGAGUGAGGAUGAAGAAGAAACAAAGGCAUCGCCCUCACUUCGAGAAACGGUUGAAGAUAGCUCGAAUUGCAACGACACCGUCAUUGACCCGGUCGCCUGA